AAGCUUUCUGAUCUGUUUAAUUUUGGUGUCUGUCAGUUCUCUAGGUUUGGGGGUGUGUGGUUCCCAUUUCAGUGCUGUCCAAUUUUUCAAAAUUAUGUCUUCUAAAGCUGAAAGUGAAAAACAGAAACUUAUCCAAGAUAAGUGCCAAGUAAUACUUGGAAAUCUGUUGCGAGAAGAAGACAAUAAAUAUUGUGUUGAUUGUGAUGCUAAAGGUCCCAGGUGGGCUUCAUGGAAUCUUGGUAUUUUCCUCUGUAUAAGAUGUGCCGGUAUUCACAGAAAUUUAGGUGUUCACAUAUCUAAAGUUAAAUCUGUGAACUUGGACACAUGGACUCCAGAGCAAGUGGCUUACCUCCAACAAAUGGGGAAUAGCCAAGCCCGAGCUGUCUAUGAAGCCAAUUUGCCAGAAAGUUUCAGAAGACCACAAACAGACUCGUCUUUGGAAGCUUUUAUUAGAGCAAAAUAUGAACAGAAAAAAUAUAUUGCAAAAGAAUGGGUACCACCUCCUCCACCAAAACCAGCCUUUGAUGUUGAAGAAGAAAAAAGAAAAGAACGAGAGAAAAAGAAAAAAUCUAGUAAACCAGCUGCGGCAGGAAUGGAAAUACCUGUUUUGACGCAACUUCCAGCUGCUUUGCCUAGACCACAUAGUAUCGGACCAGUUAGUCCUUCAGCAAAACCUGCCCCUCAAGAAUCUGUUAAACCCAACAACAUUGUGCAACAAGUGCCUGGAACACCUGAUUUACUUAAUUUAGGAAAUGACGACAUCUUCGAUGCAUUUCUUAGUGCCCCAGUGUCAUCAUCUACUGAAAAUGGUUCGAUAUCCUCCCAAUCUACUACUUCCAGUGAUUCUGCUGCUUCCAAAAGCACUAUAUCAGCUGAUGAAGCUGACUUUUUUAAUCAGAAAUCUGAUGGAACUGGUAAUCAGUCCAGUAAAAUGACAAAAGAAUCCAUUCUUUCACUUUAUAGUUCAAAUACCUGUCAGGUUCCAGCACCUCAGCAUGUUGCUCCUAUGUUUGGUUUACCAGCAGGUGGAAUGUAUGUGUCUCAACAAGCAUAUGCUCAAGUAGCCAUGGCAGGAUAUCCAGCUAUUCCUAAUGCUGGAAUUAACGUUCAUGGAUCUAAUGUAACUGCUGUAUGCAAUCCAUUUGCUUCAUUUGGCCCUCCUGUAAGUCAAGACACAAGACAACCUAAUACAUGGAUUGGGUUAACAUCUGGUGGUGGUGGGGAAGAAACAUUACUAAUGACUCAUGGCCUUUUAGGACAGGUAUCCCAGCAGAUGUCUAACUUGCAAAUCGCUGGUCAAUCUUGGGGUUUGGGUAGCAACACAAACCCUGUGAAUCCUGGAGGGUUGUUAGUUGGUUCUGGUCAACCUGGUGGAGUCAUGUGGCCUACAGCUGCAAGCAGUCAAAAUCAAAACCUGUCGAAUAAUCUAUGGCAAUAAUUAAAUAAGUGAAAUUAUAAAAGUUGUGUUCAGAAGAGUAUUGCCUAAACGUUCAGAUAAGAUAGAUAUAUUAACUGUUUACAUAUUACUUUGGAGAGGAAAAUUCUGAAGUAUGAUUUGUAGAUUUUUUUGUUUUUGUUUUCAUCAUACAACUAUCCAGUCGUUUGGGAAAACAUAAGACAAAACUGUAUUAUACAUCCUACUUCAGACAUUUAUUUUAAAGUAUAUAGAUUGAAUUUUUUGACGUUAAAUAAAACAGACACUUUCUAUAUUUAUUCAAAUCCAUGUGUAUGAAUUUUUCAAGUGUUCUAAAAAAAUCAAUUAUUUAAAAUAUUAUUAUUAUUUAUGAUUGCAUUGUUAUCUCACAUGAAAUAUUUUUUUGUAAUUCUCAGUUCAAGAACAUAUUGUAUCUUCAGAAGGAAACUAUUGAAAAGUUUCACAAAUUGUAGUUUUACUUUUCUCAGAAAUUUACAAUUAUUGCACAUAACAAAUCUGAUGUGAAGAAAUAUUUGCAUUAAUGUAGUUUUAUAGAUUUAUAAAGUUUUAGUGAAGUACUUAAGGCUUGGGUGCUGAAGAUAAAGGUAUUAAAUUAUAUCCAGAAUCUAUUUAAUGAAUUUAUUUUUGUUUUGCUUAUAAUCAUUCCCUAACUAUGUUAUCUAUUUUGAACGGUUACUUAUGAAGAUAAUCAUACUUCACAGAUAUUUGAAAUUCUAAUUUAAUGAAUUUAAGAAUAUUGUAAAAAUCCUAUUUUUACUGUAUUACCUAUUUUUUAUUCUGUCAAAUGGAGUUAUUCUUAUAAAAUUUUCAUUCUAUAAUCAUGUAUAUAUCUUGUUAUUUUUAUGUUCUGAAUUGAAUUUGUACUGAUUCAGACAUUUUGUUUCAUUGCUGCAUUUAAAAAUAUAUUAUACUCGUAUUAUAAUUGCUUUUAGAAUGCAACAGAUAGCUUUAACUGUUUUUCAGGUGAAGAUUAGAGUUUAUAAUUGUGUUGUUGACUUCAGUAAAAUAUACUUUUCUUUAAAUAAGGUCAUUUUUCUUUGAAAUUCGGGUGAUUCUUUUUUCCCCAUCAUACUUUAACUAUUAGUAUGACUUUCUUUGAAGCUAGAACGUGUAGAAUUAUAGGAGAAAUCAUUUAAAAUAGUUUGGAUUUCAUUCCAUCUCUUGAUUUGGGGUAUUAUUUUUUUAAAAAAAACUGUUUUCCUGUUUGGUAUUUUAAGAUACAAAUAAAUCAAUGAAGCAUCAUAUCUCUAGUUUGCAAGACGUUUUAUUAUGGGUAUAGAUUAAGGAUGCUUUUGCUUUCUUUGAAUAUAUACCUAUUCAUUGCAGUGUCAGAUAUAUAAAUCAGAGUUGAAAAAAGGCAUUAUCUGCUAAUUUGUUUCUGGUUUCAGCUUCUAGUACUUCAGUGUCCCUUAUGAUUAUGAAGGAUGAGAGUUACUGUAAUUCUCACUAUUCAAAUUCUAGGGGCUUAUUAUUUUUCAAACUGGUGCUGGCGCUGGUUUGUGCUUGUGGGACUACAAUGAUGUGGUAUUGUUUUUUGUGACUGCUAGUUAUUCUUCAGAUCAGAUAUAUCCUGUCUGAAAAUUUGAUGUUAGUUUAUGAUUAACUGUUGUAAAAUAUUUCAUAAGCAAUAUAAACUUUUGGGAAAAAAAGGAGCAAUACUUUUACAAAUGAAUUGAAUGAAUGAUAAUUUUUUAAGUGAUAUUCAAUGAAUGAGCAUUUUUAAGUGAUACUCAAUGAAUUUUUUUAAAGUUUUUAAUCAUUUAUUUUCUGAUAAUAAUUCCAUCUUGUUUGGAACAUUUUAGUACUAUUAUGUGAAUGUCAGUUAAAUACUGUAAAUAGAGGGAAAAUAAUUUAUUUUAUUGAUUUUUAUUUUAUUUUGUGGAAGAAUAUUUUUUUAUGUAUAGAGAACAGAAUACCUCACACUCUAUCCGAUAACUAACCUUAGUUUCAUUUUUAAAUUUAUUGUAUAAUGCGAUUUAUAUGUGAUCCGUCACUUUUAUGAUAUAUUGUGGUUUAGUGCAAAGUGCUAUCAGUAAUGUAAUGUAUAUUCAAUGUACUGCAAAUAAUCUGGAAUUAAAAAGUUAUAUUAUAUGACCAAGUAAACAAAUUGCUGUUUCAAUUAUAACAUUUAGAGAAGAAUAUUGAUCUGCGCAAAUUUUGAAUUUAAACAAAUUAGACAGUUUAAAAUAACCAAUUUGGAAUUUCCGGUGAUUUGAGAACCACUAGAACUGCUAUGAAACUGGUGCUAUAUCAGCAUUAAUGUUUUUACAAUAUAUUCUUUACUUGGAUAAUUCUUGGGCAAUAAUUUAUCUUCAUUAUAGUGCUGUUUCUAUUUUUAUGGUAUCGGGUUUCAUAUGUUGUGACAAGUUUCUUGUCCCAUGUUGCAAUUAUAUAAAUUUAAUAUUGCUCUUAAAAAUAAUAUAAAAUCAUUUAUUCGAUUGUUUGUUCCAUUGAUACAUUUUAAAUCGUAAAAGGAUUCCCUGAUCAGAAAAUUAUCUAGAAUUUUAUGUUUGUAUUGUUUAAAGAUAAUGUAUAUUUCAAGAUAAAUCGUUAUAUAUGUCAUUACGAGCAGUCAAUACAUGGUGCAAAGUGUUUUCAGUUUUUAACUAUCUACUGUCAAAUUAUAAAAGUAAAAUCAUUUAGGGGUAGAAAAUUUCUAUUUUGUCAAAUUUUUACUGCUUUUUUUUAUUUUUAUGCAAAUGAUAUUGCUAAAGAAUUUUGUGAAACUAUGUAUAAUAAAUGAUUUAAUUAAUAUUUGAUAUUGUAAAGCACAGAGUAAAUCUAGUUGUAUAUUUAAAGAAAAUCGCUAGAAAAUACUUAUUUUUUAGCAGUUAAAAAUGUCUCUUUUUGAUUCAAUGAAUUUCAUAAUUAGCACCCAAUAAAAGUACCAUGGUUUUUAAGAUUUUGAAUUUCAUUUUUUGUCUCUUUUAGUUCAUCAUAUAAAGAAGCCCGAGUAAAAUAUAUUUCGGAGAACCAUCUUGAAUGGAAUCUUUUAAAAAUAUAUAAAGUUAUUUUUAAAAUGCAAAACAUUGGAAUUCUUAAUCUCAUGAAGCCAGUGCCUUUUCAUUUAUUACUAACGGAUAUACUAUUUCAAAUAUUCACGAUUUUUAUUAUCAGUUCUUUUCUGGAGCUAAAUUUUCCCACUUCUUUGCGUUUUCGAAAACAUUAAUUUUCUGCCUUUUAAUUGCAAGAUAUCAAAAUUUCAUUUUGGUGUUUUUUAAUGCAUAGAUUUUUUGUGCAAUGUUUCCCCAAGAAUUCUUUUAUUGAUUUGGUAGAAAAUGUUAUAAAACUCUCAUUUAUUGUGUACUUGUCUUGCCUGAUCACUUUAAUUAACAGAUUUUUGUUUGAUUACCGAAGAAAUAAACCUAUUUCAUGGUAAAUAUGAAGUAUUUAUCAUUCACUAUCAAAAUUUUUGAUAAAUCUGGCAGAUUCUUUUUUGUAAAUGCAUUCUGAUUUCUUGGCUGCUUUCUGAAUGAAUAAGUGCAAAUUCAUCGUGCCAAUUUUUCAUUUCAUUUACAAAUUAUCGAAUGAUAUGAAUACUAUAUGCAUUGAAAAAAAUAAUGUAAAAUACUUGUACAGUCAAACCUCGCUUAACGAGCAAAAUAAAAUGUAAAAAUUUUGCUCCUUUUAACGAGAGAUGUAUCGCAGAAAGAGUGGCAAGGAGACACCGUGACGCCACAUGCUGUAUUGGUCAGUUUUCGGCCUGUUUGAAGAAAAACCCUUGUAUCUUCAUGGACUUAAUUUUUAGUCAGCCAAUGUUGUUGAGCACAACUCCGAGGGGUUUAAUCGACGAGAUAUUGUCUCUGAUCAAGAUUUUGGGUCUAGAAAUGGAUAGCAAUAAUACCGAUGAGCUGUCCGGAAGAACAUAGCCAGAACAACCGAAGAAUUUACGGAACUGUAUUAUCUGUCGCAGUAAAAGGCUGCGGCGGUGAUUUGGUAGAAGAGGGGAGAAAAAAUAAUAACCGAUGUAACAUUCUUUCAGUGAAAUAAGGAAAAUGCUGAAAGCAUGGGAAAUUAUCAUAUUGUAUGUUAAGAAGCAUCACCCUGAUAAGACAGUAGCUAUGAGUACUGGAAACCCAUUUAACGACAAUGCUCUCAUUUUCGCCAAAUUUUGAUGUAUAGCUGAAUGCCAAUGUCUUUAAACAAUUUUCUUAUAAAAAGAAGCAUUCGUUAUAAAUAAUAAAUUACAUUAUUACGAGUUUGAGUAAUUUUUUUUUCUCGGAGAGGAAAACAUAGUCCUCUUUUACAUGGAUUCCUAUUCCUUCGAGUUGUUUCUCUGAACGACUGUUCCGCAUUACUGUUGAGAUUGGGGAACAAAUUAUGCUCGUUAAAGGAGGUUCCACUGUAUUGAUUUAGGAAGUAUUGGUUAUUUCCGUUUUUAUGUAUAAUUUUUUUUAAACGUGCAAUAUAUAUUUGUGAUCUUUUAUGAAUUUGCAAUAUUAGAAAAUAUUCCUUAUUGAUAAAUAACAUUCUUCUUGAAUUUUCUAGAAGACGGACUUAGAAGUGAUACGUGAAUAAAAGUAAACUCUUGAAAAUGCACGUAACAUUUAAAACAUUCAUGUUCGCAAUUCAUAUAUUAUUUAUAUAUAUUCAUUAAUAUUAAAUUAAAAAUCCUUUGGUGAAAGAUAGAAGUAGUAAAAUUGUUACAAGUUUUCUUGAAUCUGUUGAACUACUUUAAACGUGUCAGUGUUAUUUUAUAUUCUUGUUUUGAAUAGUUUAAAGAAAAGUUUCAAUAUAUAGUAAUAUUUUGGCAUAUAUCACAUAUCAAUUUUGUAUUUUUUGCAUAUUUCAAAAGAAAUUAUCAAAAGCCAAUUUACCUUGGAUUUCUCUCAUUUUAAUAAAAAAUGAUAAAAAAAUUUAAUUUUUUAACUGAAAAAACCCAGUUUGCAUUUAUGUUAAAUAUCUAUAUCUCGAGUUUUAUAAGCUCGUUUCUUAAAUAAUGUACUUACAAAUAUCAUGGUUAGGUGAUAUUUGGAUUAUUACAUAAUUUGAAUGCUUCAUGAUCUGUUCAAAAUUAAAUUAAUUGUAAUAUCUUUAUUGAAAUUCCUAUGCUUGAGUAUGAAAUAUGCUUAGUAAUAAUAGUCUGACAUGACAUUAAUUUCCGUUGUUUCCUUUAACCCCCCCCCCUCUAAAAAUAUAUUUCUCUUAGCUGUUUAAAAUAAUUUUCUAACGACUCUAAAUCUUUAUUUGAAUUUUAAAUAUAUUACUAUAUAACUUCAACACUUUAAUCUUUUUUAGAUUAAUGUUUUUAGAUAGAUUCAAAGUUCUGAAUGUUAUUUAAGCCAUUAUUCCUACUCUGACAAGUACAGCUAACUACAAAUCAGUAAAAAUUCACUUACUGUAAAUUAAAUGAUAGUGAAUAUGAGAGUUCAAAAUGUCAUGUCUGUAAAAUAUCAGACUUUGCUCUUUCAUAAAUUUUUCAAUGUUGUAUUCUCUGACAUAUUGGUGUAAAAGAAUUGCUUUUGGUAGCUUAUGUAUUGAUGGGAAGAACUAUUGUAAAUUAAAUUUUGUUGCUCAUUUUUUAUUUUGUGGUAAGGAAAUGUCAUUAGUUCUACAAAAGAGUAGUUUUUACUAAAUAUUUAUAUAUAUAUAUAUAUAUAUAUCCUUGUAAAAAUUGAAAAUAUUAAAGGUGUAUGUGCAUGAAGUUGGGAGGUUAUGAGUUAAUAUAAUUUAUCGCCUUUCCAUCACUAUAAUAAAAGAAAUUUAAUUCUGUCUCUUA